AUGGCGAUUCCUUCUACACAGAUCGCAGCCGUCAUACCACCGACCGGAGCAUCUGCAAACUCCGGCGUCAAUAUCGUCAACACUCAUCCAGUUCCUACCCCGGGCGAUGGAGAUCUACUAGUGAAACUUGAAUUCUCCGGCGUGUGCCAUACCGACAUUCACAGUAUCCGAGGCGAUACGCCAAUGUUGACAGAUGUGGCUGGUCACGAGGGUGUUGGAACUGUAGUUUCAGUCGGGCCCCGGGUUGAUGAAGGCCAGUGGCUCGGUCAGAGGGUCGGUAUUAGAUGGCUUUAUUCCUCAUGCCUUGACUGUGAGAUAUGCGCUAUCAAUCAUACCGCAUGCCCUAGUCAGAAAAAUGCCGGUGCCGUAUGUCUUUCAGAGGAGUAUAUCAUUAUCACAGUUAUGUCCAUGCUAAUACUCAUUGCCAAUGAAGAAUGUCCCGGGAACCUUCCAGCGUUUGAGCCCCCAUACCAAGCUUUGAUUCCGGACUUGAAGGUUAAUUGGUAUCUAGAGUAUAUCGUCAGCCCGGCACUCCAUGUCACGAAAAUCCCAUCGGAGAUUCCUCCCGAGCUAGCAGCACCACUUCUAUGCGCCGGCAUCGCCAUGUAUUCUUCAAUCAUGAAAACAAAGCCUCGCCCAGGCGAUUGGAUCGCUAUUCUUGGUGCUGGAGGUGGCCUCGGACAUAUGGGUGUCCAAAUAGCCGCGAAGAAAGGAUUGAAUGUCCUCGCUAUUGACAAAGGAGCAAAAAAGAGAGAAUUGUGUCUAUCGCUCGGAGCCAAGUACUUCCUUGACUUUAGUGAAGUUGACAUUGUUGACGAAGUCAAGAAUCUUACCUCUGGCCUGGGUGCCCAUGGUGUAAUUUGUACGGCGAACGGCGCACGAGCAUAUGAGCAAAGCCUCCAUAUGUUGCGUCCGCUCGGGACACUGGUAUGCGUUGGCAUUCCGAGUGUGCCAUUUAAUCUGCCGGCUACUCCACUGGACAUGAUCAUCAAGGGUCUGACUAUUGUGGGAAACUCGGCUGGCACUGCAAGUGAGAUGGAAGAGCUUUUGGACAUGGCUAUGGCAGGUGAUGUGAAGGCUCAUAUCCAGGUUUUUGAUCUGGAUGAGAUUCACGAUGUCUUGGAACGACUCGAGAAAUCGGAUAUUGAGGGGAGACCACCACUACUCGCGACAUGGGAGCACUGGUACACAAAAAGCAAGGACAGAGAUGACCCAAACGGCCCGCCGGGGAGCUUCAUCAUCCGUGAAAGUGAUGACGGAGGGAAUACUUGCGCGACAUUGACAAUAAACACUGACCAACAAUCCGGCAAUGGACAUCCAUGUACACGUUUCUGGCAGCCUUUUCUCUUCGAGUUUCCGCGACGUCUUGGCCAAUAUCCCGAAGGCACGUUGGUUUUGGCUGGAGUUCUUGUUGCUUCUGAUUUAAGCUCCGUUUCCUUUUACCUGUGGCGGUCACUCGAUCAUGGGCAGACGUGGAGCCUGGGGCGUGAAUGGCAGCGCAGUGGUUCGUAUUACAAAGGGAUAUGGGAGCCGUUUCUUUAUCUGGAUAGUGGGAAUCGGUUUGUCGCCAUUUUCUCCGAUGAGCAUUCUUACUGGAGCCAGGCACAAGUGUCGGUCAUAUCUGAUGAUGGGGGCGAUGCAUGGGGUCAGAUCGAGUUCGCUGUGGCUAGUUCCAAUAUUCAUGAUCGGCCGGGCAUGGCUACCGUGGUGAGAAUGGAUUAUGGCGAGUACACUUUAGCCUAUGAAUACUGUGGUACUGCCAAUUGCCCAAUCUAUGUCAAGUUCUGCAACGACGGAUUGAACUGGGUAUCAUCCGAUACGGGGGACGCUGUUUCCACAACUGACGACCUCUUCAUGUCAUCAAGUCCAUUCAUCGUUUGGGAACCGACAGCAAAACAGUUGAUACUUACCAGCCAGUCGGUGCACCCGAUCGGUAAUGGGUCGCAGGUCUCGCAGACCCAUCGUGCUGUCUUCAUCAACAGCGAGCAUGGCCGGCGUCAAUGGAGAUGGUCUCCAGCUUCUUGGAAUGUCCGCGCAGGAUAUCUGACUUGUAACUCCAAUUACAGCCCCAACUUCUUGUAA